AUGGAGGUAAAUUGUUUAACACUAAAAGACCUGAUCAACCCCAGACUAGAUUUUGCAAUUGAAGAUGGGGAAAAUGCACAAAAGGAAAAUAUAUUUGUUGAUCGCUCAAGGAUGGCCCCAAAGACGCCAAUAAAAAAUGAACCAAUUGACUUAUCGAGACAAAAAAUCUUCACUCCAGAAAGAAAUCCCAUCACUCCAGUUAAGCUUGUCGACAGACAGCAGGCAGAACCAUGGACACCCACCGCUAACCUGAAGAUGCUCAUUAGUGCUGCCAGCCCAGACAUAAGAGACCGAGAGAAGAAAAAAGGACUGUUCAGGCCCAUUGAGAACAAGGACGAUGCGUUUACAGACUGUCUGCAGCUUGAUGUUGUUGGGGACAGUGCUGUGGACGAAUUUGAAAAGCAAAGGCCAAGCAGAAAACAGAAAAGUUUAGGACUCCUGUGCCAGAAGUUUCUAGCUCGCUAUCCAAGUUAUCCACUGUCGACUGAGAAAACUACCAUCUCCCUAGAUGAAGUUGCUGUCAGUCUCGGCGUUGAAAGGAGACGCAUCUACGACAUUGUGAAUGUGCUGGAGUCACUGCAUCUGGUCAGCCGGGUGGCCAAGAAUCAGUACGGCUGGCACGGACGGCACAGCCUGCCGAAAACCCUGAGGAACCUCCAGAGGCUAGGAGAGGAGCAGAAAUACGAAGAACAGAUGGCACACCUCCAACAGAAAGAGCUCGACCUGAUGGAUUAUAAAUUUGGAGAACGCAGAAGAGAUGGCUGUCCAGAGUCCCAGGAUCCACAGUUACUGGAUUUCUCUGAACCCGACUAUCCCUCUUCAUCUGCAAACAGUAGAAAAGAUAAGUCUCUGAGAAUUAUGAGCCAGAAAUUUGUCAUGCUGUUCCUGGUCUCCAAAACCAAGAUUGUUACUCUUGAUGUGGCUGCCAAAAUACUGAUAGAAGAAAGCCAAGAUACGCCGGAUCAUAGUAAAUUUAAAACAAAGGUACGACGCCUCUAUGACAUAGCCAAUGUUCUGACCAGCUUGGCACUGAUAAAGAAAGUGCACGUAACAGAAGAGCGAGGCCGGAAACCCGCCUUCAAGUGGAUUGGGCCUGUGGAUUUCAGUUCCACUGAUGAAGAACUAGUGGAUGUUUCGGCAUCUGUCCUACCAGAAUUGAAAAGAGAAACGUACGGCCACAUUCAAUUCUGUGCAAAACAGAAGCUUGCUCGACAUGGCUCUUUUAACUCAGAUCAGGCUUCUGAGAGGAUCCAGAGGAAAGUGAACUCAGAACCCAGCAGCCCUUACAGAGAAAAACAAGGAUCAAGUGGCUACUCCUUAGAAAUUGGAAGUCUGGCAGCUGUCUACAGACAGAAAAUAGAAGACAAUUCACAGGCAGAAGCUUUUGCCAAUCAGAGAGCGAUACCUCCAUCAAGCAGCCUGGAGGCCGCUGCUCCUUUCCCCGGCCUCUCUGUUGACUCAGAAUACUGUGUUAAUGCCUUGGCCCACCCAGUACUUUCCGUGGCUCCAACAGACUUGCAGGCCUUCUCUGCCCAGAAUGGUCUGAACAGACAAGGAGGUGUCUCCCUCGCCUCUGCCGCCUUGGACGCGGAGAGCCUGAAGCCAGCUCUGCUGGCCGGCCAGCCCCUGGUGUACGUGCCCUCCACCUCGCUGUUCAUGCUGUGUGGGAGCCUGCAAGAGCCGCCGUCCCCGGGGUCGGGGUCAGGGUCCGAGAGGGACAGCAGGGGCUCGGAAGGCACAGCAGAGUGGUCAGCCACGCCCUCAGUUCAGAAGCGCCUCGGGGAGGAGAGGAAGCCGCAGGAGGAGGAGGAGCCGGCCACGAAGAGACAGAGCAGGGACUGCGAAGACGGCCCCCUCUCCCUCGUCAUGCCCAAGAAACCCUCAGAUUCCACAGACAUUGCGUCUUCCAAGACCGUGGAUAAAAGGGGACCUGCACCCCAUGAAGACAUUCACAUGAAUGGACAACUUUCUGCUGCAAAGGAGGUUUCGGGAAAGGCUACAGCAGACUGCUUCAUUUCUUCUGAGUGGGGAAAUCCUUCUAGAAAUACAGAGAUAGAAAAGCCUUCGAAAGAAAAUGAAAGCACCAAAGAGCCCUCUUUGCUGCAGUAUCUUUAUGUGCAGUCGCCAACAGGAUUAAAUGGUUUCAGUGUGCUCUUAUCCGGCAAUCAGACCCCCCGCGCUGUGGGACCAUCUUCAGGUCCGCUGCCGCCGCUCAGUGUUCCAUACAUGGUCUUGCCAUCGCCGACACUGGGCCCUUUUCCUGUUCUCUAUUCACCCACGAUGCCCGGGCCGGUGUCCUCUGCUCCCAAUGCUCUCCCAAGCACGGGACCUGUGAAUCUUGGCUUGCCUGGCCUCGGAUCAAGAGCUCAUCUUCUCAUCGGCCCUGCUGCCCUGGUUAAUCCAAAAUCAUCGAUGCUCCCCUCCGCAGACGCUCAGCUUCAGGGUCCGCACUCACUUAACCUGAGUCCGGUGAUGUCACGAUCACACAGCAUCAUCCAGCCCGAGUCCCCCGUUUACGGAGGACAUCCAGCCUCUGUGGUGAAAUUACAACAGUCACCAGUUCCAGUGACCCCCAAGAGCAUCCGACGCACACAUCGAGAGACGUUUUUCAAGACACCUGGCAGCCUCGGGGACCCUGUCCUUAGGAGAAGAGAAAGGAAUCAGUCACGAAACACCAGCUCAGCACAGAGGAGGCUCGAAAUCCCCAGCGGCGGGGCCGACUAA